AGGUACGAGGGCGGAGGGGCGGUGGAGGAGGGCGGGGAGGAGCGCUCUUCCUGGUUGGGCCCUGCCCUGAACUGCCACCAAGGAAGCCAGCGCGGGGACCGCAGCGAUCCCCCAAACCCUCCUCCCCCAGGAUGGCAGAGGAGUUCAUUAUACCCGUGUACUGCACCGGGGUGUCAGCCCAAGUGCAGAAGCAACGGGCCAAGGAUUUGGGCCUGGGCCGCCAUGAAAAUGCCAUCAAGUAUCUGGGCCAGGACUAUGAGCAGCUGCGGGCACAGUGCCUACAGAGUGGGUCCCUAUUCCGUGAUGAAGCCUUCCCCCCAGUGCCCCAGAGCCUGGGCUUCAAGGAUCUAGGUCCCAACUCCUCCAAGACCUAUGGCAUCAAGUGGAAGCGUCCCAUGGAACUGCUGUCAAACCCCCAGUUCAUCGUGGAUGGAGCCACCCGCACAGACAUCUGCCAGGGAGCGCUGGGGGACUGCUGGCUCCUGGCUGCCAUCGCCUCCCUCACCCUCAAUGACACCCUCCUGCACCGAGUAGUUCCACAUGGCCAGAGCUUCCAGGAUGGUUACGCAGGCAUCUUCCAUUUUCAGCUGUGGCAAUUUGGGGAGUGGGUAGAUGUGGUUGUGGACGACCUGCUGCCCACAAAGGACGGGAAGCUGGUGUUUGUGCACUCUGCCCAAGGAAAUGAGUUCUGGAGCGCCCUGCUUGAGAAAGCCUAUGCCAAGGUGAACGGCAGCUAUGAGGCCUUGUCGGGGGGCAGCACCUCAGAGGGCUUUGAGGACUUCACAGGCGGUGUCACUGAGUGGUACGAGCUGCGCAAGCCCAGCGACCUCUACCAAAUCAUCCUUAAGGCGCUGGAGCGAGGAUCCCUAAUGGGCUGCUCCAUUGACAUCUCCAGUGUCCUGGACAUGGAGGCCAUCACCUUUAAGAAGCUGGUGAAGGGUCACGCGUACUCUGUAACCGGAGCCAAGCAGGUGAACUACCGGGGCCAGUUGGUGAACCUGAUCCGGAUGCGGAACCCCUGGGGCGAGGUGGAGUGGACAGGAGCCUGGAGCGACGGCUCCUCAGAGUGGAACAAUGUGGACCCCUACGAACGGGAGCAGCUGCGGGUCAAGAUGGAAGAUGGGGAGUUCUGGAUGUCAUUUCGAGACUUCAUGCGUGAAUUCACCCGCCUGGAGAUCUGCAACUUGACCCCUGAUGCACUCAAGAGCAGGUCAAUCCGAAACUGGAACACCACCCUGUACGAGGGCACCUGGCGACGGGGAAGCACUGCAGGGGGCUGCCGGAACUACCCAGCCACCUUCUGGGUGAACCCUCAGUUCAAGAUCCGGCUGGAGGAGGUGGACGACGAAGACGAGUACGGCAGUCGCGAGUCAGGCUGCAGCGUCGUGCUGGCUCUCAUGCAGAAGCACCGUCGCCGGGAGCGCCGCUUCGGCCGCGACAUGGAGACCAUCGGCUUCGCGGUGUACGAGGUCCCCCCGGAGCUGGUGGGCCAGCCUGUGCACCUGAAGCGCGACUUCUUCCUGUCCAACUCGUCCCGGGCACGCUCAGAGCAGUUCAUCAACCUGCGGGAGGUCAGCACCCGUUUCCGCCUGCCACCUGGGGAGUACGUAGUGGUGCCCUCCACCUUCGAGCCCAACAAGGAAGGUGACUUCGUGCUGCGCUUCUUCUCCGAGAAGAGUGCUGGGACCCAGGAGCUGGACGACCAGGUCCAGGCCAACCUUCCUGACGAGCAAGUGCUCUCUGAAGAGGAGAUUGACGAGACCUUCAAGGCCCUCUUCAGGCAGCUGGCAGGGGAGGACAUGGAGAUCAGCGUGAAAGAGUUACAGACCAUCCUCAACAGGAUCAUUAGCAAACACAAGGACUUGCGGACCAAGGGCUUCAGCGUGGAGUCAUGCCGCAGCAUGGUGAACCUCAUGGACCGUGAUGGUAAUGGGAAGCUGGGCCUGGUGGAGUUCAACAUCCUGUGGAAUCGCAUCCGGAAUUACCUGUCCGUCUUCCGGAAGUUUGACCUGGACAAGUCGGGCAGCAUGAGCGCCUAUGAGAUGCGGAUGGCCAUUGAGUCUGCAGGCUUCAAACUCAACAAGAAGCUGUACGAACUCAUUAUCACCCGCUACUCUGAGCCUGACCUGGCCGUUGAUUUUGACAACUUUGUGUGCUGCCUUGUGCGCCUGGAGACCAUGUUCCGUUUUUUCAAAACUCUGGAUACAGACCUGGAUGGAGUGGUGACCUUUGACCUGUUUAAGUGGUUACAGCUGACCAUGUUUGCAUGAGGCAGGGGUUCAGCCCCCUACUGCACCCCUCCUCCCUCGUCUGCCAAGCUACAACUUCCUGCCGUGCCACACCAGGCCCUAUCAGCUGCAAGUGCCUUCCUUGGAGCAGGAAGGCAUCCUCGUCCUCCUGUCCUCUCAGCCGCCACUGUUUACCUACUCUGGGCAGAGCUGUGUGGCUCUCCCUUCCUCCCCAGCUGUGGGCUCAGGAUAGACUCCUCUGGGCCUGCCCAUGGCCACUCCAGGAAGGCACCUCUCUGCUUACUCCUGCCUCGGGGCUCCCAAGGGAGCUGACAACCCCUACUCUCUCCCAGCAUCCUCAUCCUGAUGCCUCCCCUCCCUCCCUCCAGAGGCCACCCCACUCCCGGCCUGGCCUCUUUUGCAGACUUUAAUAACCACUAGCUCAGCACAGUCUGCAUCCAGGUGUGCGAGCCCCUUCCCCAAUGGGGAGCCCCUGGGGCUGGGGUCACCUGUGCCUUCUUGUGCAGAAGCCAAUGUCCUCCUUGCCCUGCGGGCCCUCCCUCAGCCCCAUCUGCCCACAGGAGCUGCCCAGCCUAGAGGGUGCUCAGGCCUUCCCUCCUGCCUCCUCUCCUUUUUUAUAUUGGUGACUUUAAAGGGGACUGGUGUACUGGUGAUGGGGUACCAGAGGCACUGGGUGUGGGGUGGGAGGGGACCCGUAUUUCCAUGCAGAGUAA